AUGCGGACCUCACGAGCUUCUAGAGAAACAGCCAAGGUCCUGGAGGCACUAUCGCCCCCAGCGCGCCGCUCAACGCGCAACUCCUCGUCUCAUCCGAGUGCGCUGCACAACUUCGCCUUCACUGGUGACUCAACCAUCAAGACCGAGUCAAUCCCGACAAUUGCACGACUCUCCCCUCCGAGAAUCCUCGCUUUCCUCCGCCAACACUACCGAUAUCGAAGAUCUCAUCGAGCCCCUUACAAAGCGCCAGAAACGCAAUACCACUCCUCCCCGGAAGGCCCCAGCCCCAGCCCCCCCAGCCCGUUUGUGAAGGAUGACCCCGAUGUGAAAAGUAUCCCUGCCAAAGCUCGGCGAAUGCCUGCGCGAAAAACGAGAGACGCGGAUGGGACGGUCGUCGUGGAGCCUCCGUCAAAUUGGGAGACGAUGUAUAACACCGUGAAGAAGAUGCGGGAGGAUAAUCCCACUGCACCGGUCGAUACGAUGGGCUGUGCGGAAUUGUACUGGCGGGCAUCCUCGCCGAAGGACCGACGGUUUCAGACUCUCAUCGCAUUGAUGCUCUCAUCUCAGACGAAAGAUACCGUCACGGCCGUCGCGAUGCAACGACUACACACGGAACUUGGCGAGCAGGAUCCAAAUAUCAAACCGGAAGUCAAAUUGGAGGACGAAGUUACAAUCAAGCUUGAGGAUGCGGAGGCAAAGCCCGAACCGACAAAGGACAGCACGCUGAACCUGGACAAUAUCCUCGCCGUAUCACCAACACGACUCAACGAAUUGAUAGAGAAAAUCGGAUUCCACAACAAUAAGACUAAAUAUAUCAAAUCUGCCGCAUUAAUCCUGCGAGAUCAGUUUGAGGGCGAUAUCCCUUCCACGCCGGAAGGACUCAUGUCCCUGCCGGGUGUUGGGCCGAAAAUGGCUUACCUCUGCAUGAGUGCGGCAUGGGGUAAGCAUGAGGGAAUCGGUGUCGAUGUGCAUGUCCACCGUAUCACCAAUCUAUGGGGCUGGAAUAAGACCAAGAAUCCCGAGGAAACCCGUAUGGCGCUUCAAUCGUGGCUCCCGCGUGAUAAGUGGCAUGAGAUCAAUAAGCUGCUCGUUGGGCUUGGACAGACGGUUUGCCUGCCUGUUAAAAGGAGAUGUGGAGAGUGCUACCUUGCUGGGACGAAGCUUUGUAAGAGUGAGGUUAGGGGUCUUGCGUCGCCAGUCAAGAUGGAGGUGAAAAUGAAGAGGAAGGAGAGUAGCGAGGAACCCAAGGUCAAGAUUGAAGCUGUAUGA